GAUCAUAUUUUAGGAGUCUGUUGAUAAGUUCCUUAGAACCCAGUAACCAUUUGGGACAUGUGUUUUUUUCUAGUUUUCUCUGCUUGAUGACUUGCAUUUGCUCUCGUUUCAUUUCAAUUUCUACUAAAUCAUCUGUUUCAGCACCAUAGGAAAAUUCUUUGAGAACCCAGAAAUUAUUUAGAGAUUCUGUAUCUGAGUUUUGGUUGUUUUUGCUGCUUUUCGACUGGUUCAUUCAUGGGUAAUUUACAAUUCAUUUUUGUUUGCUUUGUGUCACUAAUAGUCGGGACUUGUUUCUGUUCUCAUCUCAAAGAUCAAGAGAGAGACAAAAUCAAUUGGUUGCCUGUGCAGCCAGAGAAUGUUGAAUUCAAUCAGUACUCAGGCUAUGUGACCGUGAACAAGCGCGCAGGAAGGGCAUUGUUUUACUGGUUCACUGAGUCACCGAAGAGUCGUGCGCCCGAGUCAAGAGCACUCGUCUUGUGGCUCAAUGGAGGACCCUGUUGUUCCUCCAUUGCUUAUGGAGCUGCCGAAGAGAUUGGACCCUUUCGCAUUCGCAGUGAUGGCAAAACUCUUUACUUGAAUCCUUAUGCUUGGAACAAAUUGGCAAAUAUCAUAUUCCUCGAAUCUCCAGCUGGUGUUGGUUUUUCAUACACAAACAGGACAUCAGAUUUAUAUGAUUCUGGUGACAAGAGAACUGGUUUCCACAGUACAAGCAUAGAGAUUUCUACAUUGCUGGAGAAAGUUAUGCAGGUCACUAUGUUCCUCAGUUGUCUCAAAUUGUACAUGAAAGAAACAGGGGGGGUUCAUAAUCCAGUUAUUAACUUUAAGGGAUUCUUGGUUGGGAAUGCUGUUACAGAUGAUCAUCAUGAUUAUAUAGGCACAUUUGAGUAUUGGUGGACUCAUGGUUUGAUAUCCGAUUCUACUAAUCGGAAACUAAGAGCUGCCUGUGAUAUGGCAUCCUCUAUGCAUCCAUCUGCUGAAUGCAGGUCAGCUCUCGGGUUAGCAAGUGAGGAACAAGGAAUAAUUGAUACAUAUAGCAUCUUCACACAGCCUUGCAGUGGUAGUGGAGAACUAAGACGCAACUUGAGGGGUCAUUAUCUAAUCUGUCUAUCAAAUAGUCCUGCAACCUCAUUGUAUGCAAACGACACUGAUAUGGUGCUGUCUGCUCAUUCUCCAUGGAUGUCAAGAGGUUAUGAUCCAUGCACUGUGAGGUAUUCCGAAGAGUACUUCAAUCUUCCACAAGUUCAGAAGGCACUUCAUGCAAAUCUUGAUGCUCCACUUUCUAUGCUUCCCAUAUAUCAAGAACUCAUUGCUGCUGGUUUUAGGAUAUGGCUAUUUAGUGGAGAUACCGAUGCAAUGGUUCCUCUGACUGCAACUAGACGCUCCAUCAAUGCCCUGAAGCUGCCUACUAUUGCCAACUGGUACGCUUGGUAUGAUAAUGGAAAGGUUGGUGGGUGGAGUCAAGUAUAAAAAGGAUUGACAUUUGUAACAGUUACUGGAGCUGGCCAUUAUGGCCCCCUCCAUCGCCCACGUCAAGCUUUUAUUCUUUUCAGAUCAUUUUUGGAGAACAAGGUAAUGCCGAGUUACCGUUUCAAAUUGGAGUACAGAUGAUAAUGCAUUCUAAAUAUUCUUCACAUUGGAGUAUGGAUGAUUUACCGUUUCAAAUUCCUGAUUUUGGUAAGCUAACAGCUCAUUUAAAGCCACAUGACUUUGUAAGACAUUUUUAAGAGCACAAAAAUCAACAGCUCAUUUGAAG